GGAUAACAAAGAGUCAGGUGCAGUGCUGUGCGUGCCUCCUCAAGGCUGCUUAUCGAUCCGAUUUAUCUUCUUAAACGCUUCCGCAGCAAUUAAAAUAAGAAAUUGGGAAAGCUGUGGAAGCCGAAGGCAGGUCUGUGACGGGAGCGAUAGGCUCUGAGAGAAGCGUGUGCAUGGUGUCAGGAGGAGCCCGUGCCUGUAGUGAUGGAGAAGAAUAUACCCUCCAGUGCUGUGGGACAGCAGUACUUAAAGAUACGCCUAACUCUGGUUUUUCCGCUCCAAAAUAGUCCGCUGCUUCACUGGGUGAAGAGCACCUUAGUAAACACGAAUGCAGUCCGGAGGCCUGGCUUAGAAAGUUAUUCCAUGGUCAGUGGAAAAAAAUGAGGAAGAGGAGGGUGUGGCUGCCGCUUGGAGGAUCUGGCCCUGCAAACGGGCAUUAACUUGUGGAGAUGCGGUCCUUCAUCGUGACAAAGUGAGGCUUCUUCCAGCCGCCCAUUGUUGCCGCCGGGCGCUGGCAGCCGGGGGCAGUUGCGGCCGGAGCGGGCGGAGGAGCGGCCGCCGGUUGCUAGGAGACUGCAGAGCUGCAAGGUGAACACCAGCACCACCAGCACAUCGGCGGCUCCCCGAGGCUGGCUCCCCACCCUGCGCAGGUGUAUCAGCCUGGACGGUCUCCCUGUAAGGAGUGUGAAAGUUACAGGAGAAGAAAUACAGUUUAACACUGAAAAAGCUCUUCGUCAUUCAAAACACAGAAUGAAAGGAGAUGAAUAGGUUUUCUGUCACGCUGUCUGUGGGACUCCUAGAAGGUUCUUCUGAAACUUGAGUGUAUCUGUCUCAGGCUGCCCCUAAAGAGGUGAAGCAUUAAACUCCAAAAGGAACUCAGAAUACAAAGAGAAGACAUUUGAGACAAAUCUGCAAGGUGUUCAGAUUCACUCAUAACAUGCAAACCGAAGUCUGCUUACUGUUGUCUGUUCCAGAUAAGAUGUCAAAGCAAACAAGGGAGACUUAGAAGUAGUGUGACUCAGGAAAGAAGUAUUUUGAAAGAGUGACAUAGUGGGGAAUCAAGCUGGAAGACGAAAGAAGUGAAGAGUGGCCAUCUAUGCAGAGGAAAUGACAAGGUUUAUCUCCCCUGGACACUGGCCUCACCCUGAUUUCUGGGCAUUAGGAUCUGAUAAUCAUCGUUUCUGCCCUGGAGAGCUCAGAAACACAGCCCUGUAGGAGUCCCUUGUGCCACCAGGGCUUCUGCUCUCGCAGCCAUCCGUGUCACACCUCGCAGCUGCCUUAGACCUGGACAGAAAGCCCAUUGGGGUGAACACAACAACUCGACUGGGAAGAAAGUUACCUGCCAUGGUACUGCUCUGUCACAACUCUGCUCUGAAAGAAUGAUGUGGCAGUUCAGUUUCCUCCCUGAUUCAGGUCCUGUUGAAUUCAGUCAGAAAGCUUCCCAUGGCUGCAACAUCCACCAGAGCAGAUCCUCAGCCAUUUAUCCCACAACCACUCUUUGCCAGCAAAGGUCCUCAUAUCAAUUAUGCUGAAAGCAGUGGCAGAUUACUUCAGUUACCCUGAAAUGUGACCUACCACCUUUGGGAAAAUGCCACUCUUGAUUCAGCAGCUAUUUAAAUCCACUUUGCAUAGGAUGUUUGAGGAAAUAUGAAGUGAUGAGUUGGACAAAAACCAAUGACGAUGUCUUCCAGUUGCUUGCAUCCUGCCAUGGAACUGGUAAAUACUUGAGCCCUAAAUGAAGAGUUUUCUUUUAAUCAUUCUUUUGUACACUGAUUUAACUUGCUUUUUUAUUACACAAUGCUAAUUUGGAGGGACAGUGCUUGCCACUGCAGUUCUUAUGUCUUUGGAGUCACUCCACUAAUUCUAACUGAUUUCCAGUUAGAACUGUGAGGAAGGGCCAACAGGACAUAAUUAUGAUCUUUUUAAGGCUAAAAUAUGUGUGGGCUAAAAAGUGCAUUACUUGCAAAUGGUGAAAUGGUACUUCCCUUCAGAAGACACACUUGAUGCUCUAACAGGAUGAGGUAGUAGGUUGUGUGGUUUCAGGGUAGUGAUUUUGCCCCAAUCAGGAGAUAACUAUACAACCUACUGCCUUCCCUGAUAAGCAGCAUAACAACAUCACUGUCUUAAGUCACAGAAAAACAAGAGCUAAGAUACACUUCUGAGACCAGCAAAGUAAGUCUAGAUACAAUUGAUGUUAUCCUGUCCCUAAUAGUUCUACAUUUAGUGUCUCAUACUAUUUUUAAUAACUUCCAGCAAAAUAAUUAUCCUUUUAAAGUCUUUAUCAUGCAAAAUUGAAUUAAAGACAUUUUGCUUAUUUCAAAGUUUGUCUGCUCUUGAUCUGUUCCUUUUCUGGUUCAUAUGAGUGGAAUGAAGUUAUCAUGGGAAAUGAUUCCAAAACCACUGUGAACUUGCAUUCAAGAUGUUCGUAUUUCCUGGACAUCUAAAUUUGAAUGCAACAAAUUUUACUACCAAUGCACUGGUUUUGUUCAACCUUACCUCCCCCUCAGGAAUCUUCCAGUGUUUUACAUAUAAUACCAGAUUAAGUCACACAACAUUCUUCAGCAGGUCAGCUUUAUAUUGCAAAUAGAAAGCUGUAACGAUGAAAAUCAAGGACCAGAUUUAAAAAACCAAAACCAGACAUUGCUUUGGUCCCUCAGUUUCUCAUAAGCAGGCUCAUUUCAUUUAAAUGCCCCCAGAAGAGAAUUCUCUGCUAUCUAAAAGGUACAGAUUGCAUCUAGAGAACCAUGGACAGAAAAUACUAAGUCUGUUAUAGACAUAUGCUACACAAAAUAAAGCCUUGCUCCUGUAGAAAGCAUUACCCUCCUAUCUGUAGCUAGGCAAGCUGUGACAUCCACGGUGAGAGCAAAUGAAAAAAAAAGAUGUUACAUUUGACAGGAAAACCAGCUAUUUAUUGCUUCUCUGGUCCAAAAAUACCACAUGUAGCUGGACUUAAAUGGUUCUUGAGGUCAUUCAACACCUCAAAACAGGGCCUUUUGUUAAUACCUUUAAUGAAAGGUUAGGAAUGUUGUUUGACUCGUAUUCAUAGAGAGGGAUAAAGGCCUUUAGUAUGAGAGGGAAAAUUGCUGCGUGUUUGAAAAACAUAGGAGAAUAGGCGAUACUGUGGCUGGUUUUAAUCUUCUCUAUUCUUCUUGCUGUUUAAAGAGGAUCUCUUAAUUUAAAACUGCUGUAAGGAUACUUACCACACUGGCCAUGCUCAGGGUCUAUGGGACGUGCAUUGCAGAUUCUGAACUCUUUCUUCUGCUGAAAGUGCAGACUCACAGCUGCAGUGGAAACAUCUUAGACGAGUGUGAGUAGUGAUUGUGUUGCGCGUAGCUUAAAACAUCCUGCUGCUCUCCAGGAUACAAAAUUGUCUGGAAAUUUCUAGCUUAGUCUUAUAUCCAGUAAAUACAUAGCAAAUGUUCUGUUUGGGAGAAGGGGUAAACUCUCUCCGCAUUCUGCAACAGCCUGUUAGAUCUCGUCUCUGAAGUCGUUUUAAAAUCUUCUGGCUCUGCCUGGGUCAGCAUUUUGUUAUUGGUAAUGAGCUGUGAGUUUUCAGAUUCUAGUCAUUCUGGCAAUCCCAUUAAAACAAAGGGCCAAAAAAAAUCCAUAGUGUUCUCUUCGCUAGAAUCUACAGUAAAUGCAAAAACAUGUGCCUAUAUUUAGCAGCGUGCAAGCCUGCAGUUAAUCAGGUCUGUCCUUAGCAGUAGGUGUCCUUAUAGCUAAUGGGAACUCCAAAAAAACUUUAAAGCACAACUCCAUAGUACCAAAUAUUUUCCAGAACUGUAUAUUGAAAAUGUUUGUAUCAAAACAUAAGUAGUAGCUUAGGCUGCUGGAAUCAUGAUAUAAAACAAGCUGGUCUUUUAAAACUCAAGCCAACAUUACUUCUUGAAGUCACGCACCGUUGUGUUGCACACAUUAGGUGUGAGGAAAAGGAAUAAUCAUGAGUAUGUAUAACCUGAUAAAUAUAACAGACACUUUUAUAAUCUGUGUCUGCUUAAUCUUUUUAUCUUUUUUAUUAAUGUAACAGCAGCAGUAAUUGAUGAGCAGAAGCUUAAUACAUCUUGCUGGAACAAAGCCUGUACAUUUGCUUAUAACAGGCCAGGUGAAAAUUAGUGAGCACAGGGUCUUCUGUGAGGCUGGGAUUACAGUUGUUAGUUUCCCUUCUGUUCCUUGGAGAAAGUAUGUGGUGUUUUGAGACAAGAUACAAAAAAGACAUCAAGCAGAUCCCUGUCAUUAAGGCCUCUUUGUGGAAUUUUAGAUCUCUGCUGUGUGGACGCAUGAAGCAUCCUCUUCUUUUGUGAUCCUGUUCAAGCUGUUAGGAUUUUGCUGAUUUUAUUUUUAAUGUGAGUAAACCUCCAGAUUCUCUAAAACCAGAUGCCCAGCAUGAAAAUUUUGACUUUGUUUGGCAAAACACUAAAUCAAAGGUAAAUGUUUUUAGGCAAUCCUAGCAACAGGCUGUGCUGCCAGCCCCACUUGUGAAAAUCCAGCAUUGCAAUUGUGCAUAGGUACCGCGAAAUGCAAGCUGCUGGGGCUGUUCCUCUGUGGUUGCUCUUGAGAGUGCAAAGACCUUGAACACAGAAGUAGUUCCUGGGCACUCCACUGAAAGCACAAAUUACAAAGCAGGAUUUGUACUGGGAGAGAAUCCAAAAAUGCACUAAGACUGUAGCUGGCAUGCCAGUUCGUGCUGGUAUAGAUUCAACAUGACACACUACAUAUUGCUGAAUAGGGGUGGCACUUGUGGUUGCAGAGAGAGCUGGUACUCGUCUGGAAAUAAAAAAUGCCUGCCUUCCCUUGUGCUUGGAAAGGUUCUGCACACCAGACUGGGUCCCAGGGUUGUGCUCAUACUGGAACACAAAUACCAAAUGAGAACAAAAUAAAAUGUGAGCAAAAGUCAUCUGUGGUGAAACAACACGCACAAUUCAGAGAAUCGAAGGUCUCAGCAUAUUUCUAAUUAUCAUAAAUGUGGUUGUCCACAGCAGUUACCUAGAGAUAGUGUAGCUAAAAUCUGGUUGGGUUUGGAGGGGGUUUUGUAACUAACGCUGUGCAGUUCUCACAGUGUGAAUGCAUACCAGUUCUGAUAAUAAUGAUUAUCAGGAUUAAUGAUGAAGUAAAGUAAUUUCUGUUAUGAAAUAAAACAGCAAAUUGGAGGUGGGAAGGGAGGGAGGGUAGAGGAUUUGAUUAAAACUGCAAAAAGGACUGGUAAAAGCAGGGUUGUGGUCAUACAAAUGAAUUUGACCAGGAAUCCAUGGUGAAACUACAAAUGCUUAGGGGAAAAAAACCGACAACCAAAACCAACAGGAAUACCAACAAGCAGAAAGGUGCUAUCUCUUGCACUGAAUUGACUUUUCCACCGGGCAGGCAGAUGGGAAGAAGCAGCUUCCUGCACAUGCUGCGUCACUGCAGGCAAAGGAGAGCAACGUCGAACUGCUGCAAGAGUUGCAGACACCAAGAAGUGUUUGUAUCUUCAAAUCUCUCUCUGCGUGAGAGGUGUUGGCUCUGCUGGAUUGUUCCCCUGUAGCUGUCUGCAUUGGUCUGAAUUACUACGCUAAUUAGUACGCUUAAUGGAAGUGCAAGAGCUGAAGUCCACCUACAGGGGCCAGUCAGUAACAGGAUGCACCAAAUUGUGCCCCACUUGCUGGUAAUGUUUGGAGGGUUUUUGAAGCAAAAAGAAUGGCCCAAAAAUCUACUAGGAAAAAAUCCAAUUUGCUCUUGAGAUUCAGAGACUUCACAAGGCUGUUGGCUUGAAGGAGGCAACAACCUGCCUGGCUGCACCCAGGAAAUCCCGCUGAUGCCAUUGGUUUUACACAGGUGCAACUUGGCGGGGGGGGUAGUGUGUAGCUCACACUGGAAAAGCUGUUUAACUAUGUGUAAGAUCAUCUUAAGGAGCAUGUGAGCUCAUAUCCCCUCUCUUAAUGCCAGCAGCCCUGCCAGGCUUUUGGUAUAAUUGCACUGACAUCAAGAUGGCCAUGCCUCUUCCUGGCAGAGAGGGAUUUCCCCUCGGGCCACACAGGAUAUGCUCCAGGGCCUUCAAGCACAGCCUCUAGCUCUGAUUAAAUACAACCUCAGCUGUCUUCCAUAGUGCUUGAACUCAAAGUUAUAUUCAGGUUUGGGCUGUAGCACAGCUUAACUCCUUUAUUCCAGGCUUGUGGAUAUACUUGCCUGCAGCAAUGCUGAAGCACACGGCUGUGUCUGCCUGGCUUAUUCUCCUUGCGCAUUGCGGGAGUUUCACCAAGGCAACAUCAAGGAAACAAAUCUGGGCUUCUGCUAAAAAGCCUCCAGCACCAUGAGGUUUUCGGAACUGGCAGACCUGUGAGCAGCUGAGCUCCAGACACCUUUGUUGCUGCAAUGGAGGUGCAAGAAGUAGAAUUGGUGGGAAAAAGUACAACUUGGCCCAGUCCUAAGAGCAGCACACCGAACUUGAAUGAGAGGAAUAUUUACAAUACUUUUUAAAGCUAUAUUGGCAUGGCUCUGAUCUGUGUGGCUCAAAACCAUCCAUGAAAGUACCCAUGUAUUAACUUCCAUUAGAAAAACUAUAGGAGAUGGGAGCCUGUGAAGAUGUUUACAAGAAUCUGGGAUUCAGUGACUUGGAUGUCCAGAUCGCACCAAAAAAAUCAGUGCCAGCACUGCUUAACAGAGCAAGACAAAGACAUCCAAAAAACAAGGCCUAAAUGCACACUGAUUUUCAAAUAGGUCUGUGUUCCUAAGUCACUUUGGCACUUUUAAUUAUUCUACAAUUAACAGUAAUGAUUACCAGUCAUGCUAAGCAUUUGAUGGUAUAAAGGCUUUUGUCUGGUUGUGGAAUACAGUUCAUGUCUAGUCUCCAACACAAAUCAAAACCAUAUGAGGAACCAGGUUAAGAGACAACCAAAUUGUAACUAAGUUCCCUGAUGUGGCAUAUGUUUGUAUUCCAGCCAGGGCCUGAGGCUCUUACUUGAGUUUUUCCCUGUCCAGCUUGCGUAUGCAAACAUAAACAAUAAUACUUCCAUCCUCAAGGAGCCCAAGUGAGAUUUUACAAUGCAGACAAAGGCAUUAGUGUGCUAAAAAGGUCUCUGAAUCAGCUAAAAGUGUGCAGUCAUUUACGUAUUAGUAUACAGUUUUAAUUAACACUUGGAAGAGUGUGAGAAACCCUUGAUGCCCUUAGAACUAACACAAACAGAAGUACGUUUCUUACGUGUUUCUCAAUGUCAGCAUCUAAACUGCAAAUAAAAUGAUUCCUGAUAAGGUAAAUUGGCAUUUACCUGUUGUGAAAAAUGGCAGCUUAAUCCUUCCUUCACACAGCAAGACAGGUCUCAAAUAUCUUGCUUGCGGUGAUGAAAACAUCUCAUUGUUUGUGGAACUGUUAAGAGUAAAACGCAGUUUGCAGCUCUUGAGGGUCUGGGAGGUUUCAACCUAAUCUGAGUCUUUACAGUCCUUCCUGAGCAGUUUAUUCCCCUGUGGACACACGCACACUCUUCUCUCUGGAUUUAACCUGAAUUUGGUACCAUCUCUCUUGCAUCUGUUAAAAAGCUACCCUCCGAGCUUGACGAAUGGUGCUGCAGCAGUGACUAUUUGGAAACCAGGUGGGAAACCACACAGGUUCUAUUUUUAUUUAGGCUUGGCUUGCUGGCUUGUUCCAGUGACCUCCACUGAGGUUAGGCAUGUGAUACACACAGUUACAAUAUAAAACCUUUUUUUCCUCUAGAGUUUCAACAUGUCCAAAACUUUGACUAUAUUUUCUUUUUCUCUCCCCUCUUUUGCUAUUUACUGUGGAUAAAAUAAAAUUAUUGAUGACACAGGGUUUCAUGAUUUACCUUCUAUUUCCCCAUCUUAUCAAAACAGAGAGUGAGUUUGGAAAUAUGAUUGGACAAAUUAGUUCCCAUUUCAUUCCCCUCUGCACUUCAGCAGCUUCUCCAAAGCUGAAGUUUUAACUGUAGCAAAAAGAAUCCUUAUAAAUACAUUGCAUUUCAGACAUUCGUCAUAUUGUAUUAGCUGACAGAGAAUAAGAAAUUAUUGUUAUCAAAUUUUAUUAAAAUUUGGGCAAAAUGAGAAGUAGGAAAAUCUCCCUCAGAAAGUUUCCAUGCUUGGAAGAUUUUUCACACUAGAGGAAAGAAAAAGAGAUUGGGUUACCCAGCAUAGGGUAGUGUAUCCAUAGCUCAAGCUGUUCCCAAAUUCCUAACAGAGGAGCUAGAUCUACAUGAGUUUGGUUAAGAAGUGGUCAUUGCUCAUGUAAAGCUUAAGGACUACAAAAGGAAACUGCCCUCAGCUUGAUGGUGGUGUAUUCCUGCCUCCUGCUACUUGAACCACAACUCAGUGUCUGCAGCUGGAAGACAAGAAGAGGUUUGACCAUACGUCAGCCGAAACACGUGGUGACUUUGUUUUUCAGAUGAUGCCAAGUGGAGGUAAACACCUCGGUACACGACAUGGGCAGCGCCUGGGAUUCGCUCCAACUUUCCAAUACACAAACCUGCAGCUGUGCACCAUGUUCACAGGGUAUUUCCCCAAAGGUAGCAAGGUGCACUUUUGCCAGAAAAAAAGCAUUUUUAUCACUAUCCAAGCCUGGAGAACGCUAGGAGCAACUUUUGUGUGCUCUGGGCUAAUUGCAGACCAUGCUUCUAAUCAUCAGGAACACAGAGGAUGCGUUAGUCACUAGAUGCUUACAAUUUCUACCUUCAUUUAGAUAGCUUGAUGGCUGAGGGAGGGAGAGUACCAGGAGCACAGGAGGGGCCAGGGCAGCCUGCAAGAUACUUGCUGGCAGGGGGUGCAGGGUGUUGGGCACAGCUCCCUGCUAACAGAGAAGGCAGCAGGGGUGAGUCCCUCCCCUGCAGCAUGGGAGGGAAAGGCUGUUUCCCCCCAGCCCCAGUAGGGAAGCAAGCCCUAGUAAGGCGAGUGGGCUCACCUCAGCCUGAGCAAGUCCAUGGUCUGGUGGCUGCUGUGCUGCAGGCAGCGGCCAGGCUGCUGCCGCCGCCUUCCCAGCCUCAGCCCCCGCUUCUCCUGGCUAAAUCUUCACCGCACUGAUUUAUGACUCCCUCCAAGUGCCUGGGAUGGAGUUAUAGCCCCUUGUAUUACACGGUGCCUUCUCUGUUAUUCUUAGUGCACACCACAGAUUUAUGAUGGCUUUUAAGCCAGGCAGCACAUAAAGAAAUAUGAUCUUAACAAAAUAGAAAAGGGACCAAAGGAGGUCAAAGUGUGGGAGCUGAACACUAUACGGUGAUCCAGGAUUUCCUUUUAUUUACUGCUCACACCUUUUCAAUCUCAAGUGGAUUUCGGCUGUCUCAGGCAGCCCUACCCAGUGGCUGGGGAGGAGUCUGUAAUCCACUGAGCCAAGAUGUUUCAGCAUCAGCGGAUGUCUUUUAUUAUGAUUUAGCACAUGCAGGAAAUCCCAAAAUACCACUGGUGAAUUAAAUGAAUUUUAGACACAGAGCCCCAGAAACACAGAUAGCAUCAGGGCAUGUAGGAAUCCCACGUUCAUCUGAACAGGCUUCCUAUCAUGUGCCAUCUCUUACUGUGGCAUUGAUCUGUGCUUUUCUAGGUUUAUGAUGUCCUGCAGAGCAACUCUGCUUUUGGUGCUGAAGGGGACUAAUUUGUGAUGGUUUUUCAUCGAGAACUGGAACAAAAGCUAAGCCUGAUUCUAUUGAUACAAUAGUGCAAGGAGGAAAGUAAUGUUGUAAAUAAUUCUGCUUCAUAGCAUUAUUUACAUAUAUUCAUCAAUUAUUCCAAAAGCGUAGCACACAGGAAAAACACAGGCACUGCCCUUACUCUGCAGACGGAUAACGUGGGACCUUGCGGCACAAACAGGAUGACACAAGCGCAAGGGCAGAGUUGCACAGAGUCACCUGCGGGACCACGGCCCGCAUUAAACACUCUGAAUCAAGAUGAAAAGCAAAGCAGCUGGCAAGAGGGAGGAAAGCUGUAAUUACAGCCAACAAAUGAUUCCUGAGCCAACACCUACUGCUGAGGCCCUGGUCUUGAAAUUGAAGCCAGGAAGAGGAGUUUUUUCCCUAUUAAGUGCAGUUCCUCAAAGCCUUGGGCUUUGCCCUGGGAGGUCACAGCUGUGGGUCUUCUCCUGAGAUACAUGGUCUGCUCCAAAAUGGCAUCUGAAGAAGGCAUGAACAUCUUCUCUGUAUCCCCUACGGAUCUGCUUGGACUUCAGUGUGCAUCAUCUCAUGUGAGGUCCAAGGAUGUUUUUUGCCUUGAGUCUUAGAGCUUUGUUCUAAUAGAGGAGAGAUGUGCGUCUGAAAACAACCAACCCUCCAAACCAACCUGCCCUAAUGCCAACAACAAAGCAAAGCAGCGCAGACAUUUCCAUAACAAGACCAAUGUGCUGGGACAGAGCUUCGUAACGAAAGAAAGAAUGUCAGCGGCUUCUUGUUAACGAAGAGCCACUUGUCAUCACCAAUGUGCACAUGAAAUGGAAAGGGAACAGAUUCUGGAAAACAACUUCUGUUUCAACCUUGCAAGAUGCUGCAUGAUGUGUGUAAAGAAGUUUAAGUGAAUGCUCUACUUGAUCAACAUGGUGGACACCGAAAACCAGCUCUAUCCCCUUACUCCUUUGGAGGAGGAUGAUAUAGGCAGCCCUUUGUCUGGAGAGUUCCUACAAGAUAUGGAGAACAUUCAAGAGCUGUCUCAGUCUCUAGGUGAUGAUAGCUCUGGAGCUUUGAGUUUAACAGAGUUCCAGUCACUGGGAAAUGGUCCAGGAUCUGAUGGAUCAGUCAUAACAGACACCCUUUCACCAGCAUCCAGUCCUUCAUCCAUUAAUUUUGCCACUGCUCCAGGUAGCAUAGAUGAAUCACCCAGUGGAGCAUUAAACAUUGAUUGUAGAAUUUGUGGGGAUAAAGCCUCAGGCUACCAUUACGGAGUACAUGCUUGUGAAGGUUGUAAGGGUUUUUUUAGAAGAACAAUUCGUUUAAAACUCAUCUAUGAUAAAUGUGAUUGCAACUGCAAAAUUCAGAAAAAAAAUCGUAAUAAGUGCCAAUACUGUCGUUUUCAAAAGUGCCUUUCAGUUGGAAUGUCACAUAACGCAAUACGUUUUGGACGAAUGCCAAGGUCUGAGAAGGCCAAGUUGAAGGCAGAAAUUCUAACAGGUGAAAAUUAUGUAGAAGAUUCAGAAAUGGCAGAUCUUAAAUCACUUGCCAAAAGAAUUCAUGAUGCUUACCUGAAAAACUUCAAUAUGAACAAGGUUAAAGCCAGAAUCAUCCUUGCAGGGAAAACUAGUAACAAUCCACCAUUUGUUAUACAUGAUAUGGAUACUUUGUGUAUGGCAGAGAAGACCCUGGUAGCAAAAUUGGUGGCCAAUGGAAUUCAGAACAAGGAAGCAGAGGUUCGAAUCUUCCACUGCUGCCAGUGUACGUCUGUAGAGGCAGUCACUGAACUUACUGAAUUUGCCAAAUCUAUACCUGGCUUCUCCAAUCUCGACUUGAAUGAUCAAGUGACACUGUUAAAAUACGGAGUUUAUGAAGCCAUGUUUGCCAUGUUAGCAUCUGUGAUGAACAAGGACGGGAUGCUAGUCGCCUAUGGAAAUGGUUUUAUAACCCGGGAGUUCCUGAAAAGCCUGAGAAAGCCAUUCUGUGAUAUAAUGGAGCCAAAAUUUGAUUUUGCAAUGAAAUUCAAUGCACUGGAAUUGGAUGAUAGUGAUAUAUCCCUUUUUGUUGCUGCCAUCAUUUGCUGUGGAGAUCGCCCUGGUCUCGUGAAUGUAGGACACAUUGAAAAAAUGCAGGAGAGCAUUGUGCAUGUACUGAAACUUCAUUUGCAAAUCAACCAUCCUGAUGACACCUUCCUCUUCCCAAAACUUCUCCAAAAAAUGGCUGACCUCCGACAGCUUGUCACAGAGCACGCUCAGCUUGUUCAGAUAAUUAAGAAGACUGAAUCUGAUGCACAUUUACACCCUUUACUACAGGAAAUCUACAGGGAUAUGUAUUAAGGAUUUUUAGUAAUUUUUUCCACAAUAUUUAAAGACAAGAGCAAUACUAAUAACAGAUGGGAGCAAAACUACUUGCACAGUUAUCUGCUGUUCACUCAGCCCAGAGCAUGAAAAAUCGAAAUGCUGGGUAGCUGGAGUGUUACACUUCUUUUGGUUUGGGAUCUUUUGUCUUCUUUUGAAAGAUUUCUGCAGAAAAGUACUGAUCAUAAUGCUCAUGAAGUGUCUUACAAUGGUUCUUUUACUUGGAAAUUUGAAGAUUGGUAAGGAAUACGUAUUUGUAUAAUAAAUCAGAAUGUCAAGUAACAGAAAUGAACAAAAUUGUAUUUCCUCUUGGCUUAGUCAUUUUAGAAUUAAUAUAUCAAAUCCCACAAAUUCUUUGCAGGUAUAUGCACAAUCAUAAAGGUUAUGCACUUUUGGCUAAUGGUAGUUACUGAGAACCAACUAACACUUUUCCUUACAGCAGUCAGUCUAGGUGUAUGAAAUGCUUGGAUAUUACUGUAUAUACACAUCUAAAAAAUUUGAAAGACCUUUGAUCCACUACUGCUUUAAUUCCAUGAAAUGCAGUACAGCUUCAUAUAGUAUUACAUUGGUAUACCUUAGGAUUAGCCUAGGUGUAUCCUAGUAAGGUUGCACCUUAGGACUAGCAUGUUUAAAAGAUGGUUCUUUCAGGAAAUGAAUUAAAGUCCGAACAGUUAUCUAAAGUACAGCAGAGUAUUCAUUCAGGUGUUUCUUGAAGAGUAAAUGUAAUAAAGUGAUGGAACCCUUUUUUCAAAAGUGUUUUAAGGAAAUAUGAAAGUGUCCCUGAGGAAAAAUGGUAUCAUACCAUGUGUAUUUUGGAGAACUUGUAAUAGCUCAAGCAGUUUUGGCUUUAAAAUGCUAUUUUGUAUUAGCAAGAGUUUUGGAGAGACUGAAAACUGUUAUCUUAGCCCAGAGAAAAGAAUUUCAACUGCGCAGCAUUCUAGUGCAGUGAUAGCUUACUCUGAAGAUUUGAUUGUAUAGGAAAGGCACCUUCUUUCUUGACAAGUAUAUUGGCAGUGUAGAGUUGUUUGGAUCUGUUUACUUUUGUGAUGAAUAUGGUGUUUCAUUCUUUCCAAUUGCCCUCUCAGCUGUAUUUCUUUUUGUUCUGUUGUAGGCCUUGUCGAUAGAAGUAUCAGCUAGAUUACUUCACCAAAUUUUAUUCUUGUCCAUACAGCCACAGUGGAUAAGGAGACAAUAUUACCAAGAACAGCAUUUGUAGGUGUAGAUGGUGCAAUAUUAUGAAAGAGAGCACAGUUGAGAGUAAGUUUAUCACUGAGAGCAAACUCUGAUUUUAUAAUAGUUUAUACUAUUAUAAAAUAGAUGCAAAAUAAGCCAUAAGGAAACUGCUUGACUUUGCCAUUUUGCAGAUCUUUUAUCAGAGAGUACUGCACAAAAGUGCUAGCUGCAUGCAAGACACUGUGCUAUUUCUUUUUCUUUUUCUUUUUUAAUAUGCUGACUUCACAUUAUUUCCUUAUUUUACUAUUUGUUUCAUAACACAAAGAUCUCAGGAGCCAAUCUUAGCAUUUUCACCAUAAUUAAGCUUUCGGUGGCACAGGAGAACGCUUUGUACUUGUUUUAUUGUAGCACAUUUGAAGAGUUCAGAAUCUUACACUUCUACUAGAAGCAUUAAGUAAGAUCAGUGAAGUGAGGACAUCACACUAUGAUUCUCAUUUUAGUCACUUGUUUCUUUACAGGCCCGCUGGCAUGGCUAGACACUGAAUAAAUUACAGGUUUAAAAGCAACUUGGUAUUUAUCCAGGCGAUGGUCAUUAGCAGAGGUUUUAGUGCCAGACAUAUUUAAUGUAAAAUAUUGAAGCAUAGGCCUCAAAUUUGGUGACCAUCAAGGUCAGGAUAGACUCAAUAAAAGCACCUGCACAAAACUUUCUCUGCUUCCCAGCUGCCAGUGGGCAACAGGAAGAAAUAGGCCUUACGUUCCAGCUACUUCUAACACUUCAUUAAGAGAAGAUUGUUGGUCUUACCAGGAAACAGCAGAUGAGAAAUGGGUUGUCUCUUGUGGUUUACAGCAGUACAAGGUACGCCCUCAGAAAUAGCAAGAGGAUUUUAGCAGCGAUGCUGCUUUAUUCUUCCAGCCAGCCAUGUUUCACUAGGGAACUGGGGGUUUAAGCAUAAGACAUUCAGCAUUGAAAUGAUUGAUAUGCAACAUUGCUUACUCCAGAAAUUGUCAAAGUAUCAGCCAUUCUGUGAUGGCUCUAAUACCCAAAUGUUUUAUCUUCUAAAAAAAAGUAUAAGCUGAUUUCCCCCCUCCCCCCCCCCACGCCAAGCUUAGAUAUUUGCGAAGAGCAAACCCCAAAGUCACGUGCUUUAGUUUGGGUGUACAAAAGCUUCUCAAGGAAACCAGGCACAAACCCUUUUUUUCCUGCUCUUGUUCUCAAAAGUGUCUAAACCAGUUUUCUGAAACUUUUAAAAAACAUGGAAAAUUUAAUAAUAAAUUUUUAAAUUCUCAGCAAAACUAUAAAGAAUUGAAAACAGCAAAAUGCAGUGGAAGGCAUAAUGUUUAGCUGUAUUAGCAGCUGCUUGUAACAGGUUCCUACUAUUGGCAUUAGUAAAGGGUGUAAUUUGCAUUUUUCCUGUUCCAGAUCCAUUUUGUUUUUGUUAGUUGAAAACCAGCAAGCAUUUUUUGACUAGUUCCUCAGACAUUGAAGUUUGAUUUCUGUUUUAAAUUAAAUUGCAGACCUUUAAUGGAAAAAAAAAAAAUAAUGGAAAGAACACAUCUCUGAGUUACAGAAAUAUGAACAGGAUGUUAACAUAGCCUAAAAUUCUGGAUGAAUUCCACUGCCCACACUGCUGCUCUACGCACGUACCCACAGUCUUUUCAAAGAGUGACACAGGGCAGACAAUUCACUUCCCCAGCGUUAAUGGGCAAAACAAGUUCUGAAUUUCUGCCUUCCACUUUUAAUGAAGUAUAUUCACUACUUCAGUAGGUGACUGCAGCAGGCUUUUGCCAUUUCAAACUGACCCUAUUUGUGUUCGUUUCUUUGAAGUUUGAAAUCUGAACUAGUUUGAAAUCUAGAGCCUUCAGCAUCUCCACCUUGUACAGGUCAUCUAAUACUUUAAAAUACCCGUUCUGUGGAGGGAAAUAAAGGGAUCAGAUUUUAGGAUUAAGAAAAUAGUAAAGAUUUACUGACUUGUUAGGUAUAGUUUUAGUCUGAUUCUUACCAAUGUAAUGCUACUAUCAUAGCACUGAAGUGCUCUGGUUAGCAACCAGAUACCCACAAACAGCUUAAGACAAGAGACAGCAGAUGGAUAGAGAAAAAUCCUAGGAAGCAAUGGUACAACUUAAGUUCUCAACAAAGCUACAGCUUGCUCAUUUUUGAGGGUUGUUUUGGGUGGGUUUAUUUAUUUAUUGGGAUGCCCUAGGUACUUUUACCAGGGGGAAGAAAAAAAACGCAAAAGGUUUUGUGUCUAGUAUUAGGGAAAUCUGAUGUUCCUUUUUAUCUCCUCUUAGAUAUUUUCUUUAAAGGUGUACCAUCUUCAGUGUGACAGCACACAACUGCCACUUAAAACCAAAAAUCAGUUACUUUGUACCUUUUUAAAUUUCAGAAUCCCUUUUCUAUUUUAAACACAAACUGACAGACAAUAGGUAAAAACUUGGAGAAAUUGAAUCUUUCUUUGCAUUUAAAGAAAUCUUUUCUAUUUAAUUGUCAUUUCCAUGUGCCUUUGUGCUUUGGUUCUAGCCAGCUGCUAGGAAGCUGAUGUGUUGCCAAAGAGUGUAUUUUUGCCUGAUUUCUGGCCCAUACAGAUUUAGGAAAUACCAGCAGUUGCACUAAGUCCGUUCUCAUGAGAGAGCUAGCACAAGUUUGCAUAUCAAAGAGGUUAUAAUAAGCAUCUAAACAUUUGUUUGUUUAUUCAAACUGCUAAAACUUGGGGAGAUUUAUGCAUCACGGGAGCUGGGUCACAUACUGUUAAAUUGAAUUUCCGCCUUAAUUUCUAAUGGAAAGCCUGAAAGACUUAUGCACCAUCUCACACAAAGCAGUUGGAGAUUACACUGUAGCUGCCUGUGCUGUGUUUGAAGAGGAACAAUUUCAGCCCUGUCUCUCCUUAACACCAUCCCUCUUACUUGGUUGAAAACCUGCAGCUACAUUGAACAAAUGCAUUUGCAGCUGUUCUGAUACUGCUUAGGCAUGAGGUCUUACAAAUAAUGGUCCUUCCCUGAAAGCCCUAAUCCUUUAGUAAGUUGAAAUGUAAGGUGUAGUGUGGCAUCUGGUGCUUGCUUACAUCUCAAGUGCUUUCUUGGUAAUCCAUUGCUUUUUUUUUUUUUUUUUAAUCUAGGUUUCAUCAGCUUUAUUAUCUUCCUUUUACUAGAGAUUUAAAUUAUAUGUGGGUUUGAUCUAAGGUUAUUGAUAUUGUUAUGUGUUGUGGGAUUUAUUGUUUAAAUUAAUGUAAUACCAUUUCUUCAUGUUUCAAUUUGUAAAAUAUAAGAAGAUAAUUGCAGGGUAUAAACUUUCACUAAAUUAUAUUACAGAGGUGCUUUAAGAAAAAUAUGUAAAUUAUUUAAUUUAAAUAUAUGUUUCAUACUUUAUCUUGUGAACCCUUUUGUACAGUGAGGAAAGAUGUACUUUUAUGGGGCAAGGAUAAUGGGCCUGAAGUCAAAGACAAACUGCUAUUUAUUCCUGUCUUUAUCAAUGUACCAUUUGUGAAGAAGUAUCAGAAAUUCUGCAAUUUAUCAGUGUUUGGUAUAAACUGUAACAAUAUUUUAAAAUAUAUUUUCACAUGGAACAUAGGCUUCCUUUUAUUCAAUUUUAAUAAAAGUAAGUCUAGGUGAGGAAAAGCUGUAAUCCCAAAAUCGAGUUAGUAUUUUUAAUGUUUUAAAUCAAGUUGACUGAUAGGAAGGAGAGUUUCUAGCACAAGAUGUUGAAAUGCCAUUACUGCCUUUUCUAUAGGAGCGUUCCCUUGAUGAUUUUAAGUAGAGACGAAGUCAGAAUCUGUUUGUAGGGAUUCUGUGUCCUGUGAUUCAGGUGUGACAGUCUGUGCCUAUGGUAUUCCUGCUAACGAGUCUUGGUACUGGAACACUUUUAAGUUACCUUCUAAAGGUAUACCUCUUAUUUUGCUUUAGUUGAAACAUAGCAUCUAGUACGAGCACAGUAUAUUACGAAUGUUCCAGCAGUGAUUUAUACUUAGUGCAUUUUAUUUGUAAUAGAUAGUAUUUUAUUUCCCCAAAUCACUGCAACUUGCAAUUUUCACUUGCUCAGUGUCACCAUACAGGUAUAUUGUCUACUAAGAUGUUUGUGUCAUAUUUGUGAAAGCUCUACUGGACUUUCUUGUGGUAACCUACAGCUACUUCUUUUCUGAAUUUCAUAGGCAGCAAUGAAAAAAAACCCCUGUAAAGGGUACUAACAGAUGUCACAUUACACUGUAAAUACGUGAUACAAAUUCAUUGUUAACUAAACCCAUCCUAGGGCAAGGGUGUUUCCUCUUUUGUUUUCUCUAAUGUGCUUAUGGGGGGGGGGGGGGGGUGUUGUGCUUUUUGUGCUUCUGAAGCUGUUCUGUUUUGUUUUUCUUGAACACCUUUAUUGUGCUUGUCGAUCUUGUCAGAUUCCAUUGCAAGGAUGUUUCAAAAGAGAGUUUCUAUUGCAAGGACCUCAAUUUCAGAUGAGCUGCCUCUGCCCAGGGGAUAGGCUGCAUACACAAAAGAGAUUAAUCUGAUUACAGGCUGGGCCUUAAAUAAGGACUGCAAGAUCAAGCAUGAGGUACUUAAAAUUGGUUUUGAGUAUUUUGGUAUGUUUGCUCAGGUUGGAUAUGCAGGUACAGUAAUCCCUGUUGUGGAAGAGACACCAGCCAGCCUUAUGAUUAAUGCAAGACGUUUCCUGGCAUUCUUUACACUUGAAAGGAAAAAAAACUGGCAUUAUGGGAAAACACAAACCAACCGCACUGUUGGCAACGUGCAAGUACUGCAUCCUACACCUACUGCGUAGGAGUGCGGUGUAAUCAUUCAAAAUGUGUUUGUGCUGUGCAGCAUCAGAAGGUUACCAAACCUUCUGGUGGAUGAUUCAUAUGCAAAUAACCAUGCAGAGCGCUGUUCAAAUCCACGCUUCGUUACCUCUGGCACAUUGGGAUACUCUAGGUGUAAUUUGCCACACGGUAGCGUAGGGUUGCCUUUGUGGAGACAAGGUGCCUUUGCCCUCCUGUUAGUAAGAGUUGUUUGCGGUGCCCUGCGUGUAUUCAGGUGUCUGCAGGCACUUGCCAGCAUUGCUGCUUGGCAGAGGGUCACUGAGGAGCCUGCUGCAGCUCUUCUGCUGCUGGCACUUGUGCAGACAGCGGGAGGGAGCUGCUUCUGGUCAAAUCACUCCCCUGGGAAAUGAAUCCUGGGGGAUAGGUGGGUAUGUGAAGCCAUGGCUCCGACUCAGUAGCCACAAGUACUUCCUCUGGUUUCAGAUGUGGACAAACAUUUAUGGCUUUAGUUAUUUCUUUAGUCAUAACAAAUCUAAUCAACAUUUUGAUAUUACGGGUUUUAACAAGAAUGCCCCUCGUGACUGUUUGACAAAGUCUGGUUUAUCAGCUUCGCAGGUGAGCUGUUUCAUGUUGCUCCUGCUAUUUCGCAGCUUUUGCAAACAAUGGCUCUGAAUUUUAGGAAUGUAGCACAACAGUUUAAUCACAUCAUGAUGUUAAAACCCUUUAUCACGUCUUAAAUGGUCUGUUAUCUGAUAUGACACGAAAAAGCACAUUUUUGUUAAGGUUGCCAAACCCUAAUUACUGCAGCUAACAAGUGUUUAAUUAAAUCAAGAUAUCAAUAUUAAAGAUUAAAAAAAACCCAACAAAACCGAGAUCACUGUUUCCAGUCACCUCUAGGUUUAGGUUUUGGGUAUGUUUUAUGACAGUAAAUACAGAACCUACGAAGAGCAGCCAUUUCUUGCAGGGAGUAGUCAGACCUAAUUCUCAUGGAAUGCUUGUUUCCCAGUAAAAUACCACUAAUUAAAGCCAAGUUCCCAAGUUUCUUUCUGUCAGAACAAUGCAAAUGACAUUUUCAAGAAAGAAUGAAAGCCCUGGUCUUGCAGGGAUUUGUGGGAAAGACUUGCACUUGUGAAUGUAAAAAUGACACGUGGUUAAAUACAAUGAUGCAUUCUCAAAUGUUACCAGCCUACUGAUCUAGGAUGACACAAACUUGAACUAAACAUUUUUCUUCUUUUUUACAUUCUGAUUUUUUUCUGUCUCCUUUAAAAACAAGAGGUUGAAUUCAUAGUGUUUGUAUAGAGACUGGUAGGAACCUAUGUGCUUUAAAAAAGAGUAACCCUUUAAGACUGAAUGUAAACACAGUUAAUUUGAAAUAUGGAUUUGCCUUAAUGGUUUUAAAAAAAAUAAAGUAUUUUUAAAAGUUAA